AGUGACCACCAGUCAGGUGUCCCUGUACAGCUGCAAGCAUAGUGUGAUUAUUUGCUUCUGUCCCUCCACCACACCUGAUAGUCAGAAUCUUUCUGCCUCUGACCAUGAAGGUACCAUUUGGGGGAGGGAAGAGAUCCCAUCAUCAACCCUAGGUAGAAAUGCACGGGUCCCUUGAACUUGCAGUUCAGAACUGGGUCUUACUCUAUUUCCUUGUCCUCCCCCUCCUCCAGCAGCUACACUGAAAAAUUGUAUUACUGAAAGUUGUUCAAGUAGUAUUCCAUAGAAGCCCUGUAUUCUCUUGAAGCUUUGUGUGUGUGGGCUGACACUUCACAGGUCUACACACCUACUUCCUGCAAUCUCUGCAAUUAACUAAUAGUGUAAAUCCCAGUUUCUGAUGUAACUGAGUCAGCAAGGGCUUGGCACAGAACACACACAAAGGAAUUGCCACCAGCAAAACACAUGAGUGGCUGAGUGAGAAGGGCAAGGAGCAAGUUCUAGAGGUAGAGCCGAGAAGAUACAGUGGACUUUUAAACAUGGAUAAAGGUAUGCUGAGUCCUGGGCUGGAAGAACUUCCUUCACAGUUCCCCUCUGUCUCACAAAAUUAGAAGAAAGAAGCUCCCCACUGACUCAGAAAGCCUCAAUUAAGCUCAAGACGGAGGCAUCUGGCCUCCUUCAUCACACAGUUGGCAGCCUUUUUUACUGCUUCCCUCACCAUGGACACUUGGCGGAGAGGAUCCAUCAGAUCCUCUGGUUUCUUCAAGCGCCUCUCAUUCAGGAGGCAUAAAAAGCUGGGCAAUCAAGUCACAAUCUGGAAUCAUAACAGCCAAACAAUAGACACCAGUGGACAACAGUACAACAAAAGGGAGCUCCCAAGAGAUUUGACGGGAAAGUCGGACUAUUUAUCGUGUCAGAGCGAGCAAAACCUACUCAGCAAGCCACUGCCACCUCCCAAACCACCUCGGCUAUAUCUGGACAGUGCCAGCUGCCCCAAUAUAAUAAACCACAGUGAUUCUCCCUCUACAGACAUUUCUUUCCCAAGCACUUCACGUCAUUUCCACAAGGCCACUCAAACACAGCCAGACCUAUUUUAUAGGAACCAAGCCACAAACUGGUGGCUCUCUGAAACCACCUCCUGCUACAGAAAUCCUAUUCGUGAUCCAUUAGACCCCUUUUUUUCUUUCACAUUGGAUUUGGGGCCCUCACUCCUUGAUGAUGUUUUGCAGACACUCAGAAACCAGAAUUUACUGUCAAAUUAGCUAGACUUGCAAAUAAAAGCAGAGGAAUUAAUUACACUGAACCACUGGCUCAUCUUCACUGCCUGUACGCAACCGAGGCUGCUUUUUGUUUUUCUCAAUGAACUGCGAACAGCAGACCAGCUAGCAGUUGAGCACAGUAUCUACUUGGAAUUUACUAGCAUUAUUUUCAUUCAUCACACAUUCCCAAGACUCCUACUCAGAGUACUUCAUUAUGACAAGAUGCUUCCUACAUUUGGACUGUAUCAGAGACUCUACAACUAAUGUGUGUGUGGAAAAGGGUGGGUGGUUGUAACAUGAAGGAACUAUAAGGAACUCAUGUAUAUACAAGAGCCUUGAACUAUACAUGACUGAAGUUUAUCUUUAUGCUGGUGCAUAUUUUCCUCAUUAAUGGGUAUAUUUAAGCUAUUAGAAAGCCAGAUCAUUAUUGGAAAGCAACUGUUUUUCUUUCUAUUCGUCACAGGGGAAAGGAAGUGUAUAACUAUUGCUUCCACAAUAAGCUAUGAAUAAUCUAUUGUAAAAUGUGAAAGAGAAUAUAUAUUUUAGACCUUAUUAAAAGUAUUUCCUGUA